AUGGCUCCGAGGCUGCUGGAGACAGCCGUACUCGAGGUGGUGAUACCACCAGAUAUCAUCAACGAGGAAACAUCCGGUGACAUGAUGGUUCCAGAAGGCGGUUCAGCGAAGCUGGUGUGUCGUGCGCGUGGACAUCCAAAGCCAAAAAUCACUUGGCGGCGCGAAGAUGGGCGUGAGAUUAUUGCGCGUAAUGGCGCUCAUCAGAAGACCAAAGCUCUGGCCGUUGAGGGUGAAAUGCUUGCGCUGACUAAGGUAACACGCAGCGAAAUGGGCGCCUAUAUGUGCAUCGCCUCGAAUGGUGUGCCGCCAUCGGUGAGCAAACGUAUGAAGCUGCAGGUGCAUUUUCAUCCAUUAGUACAAGUUCCCAAUCAAUUGGUCGGCGCGCCCGUUCUAACAGAUGUCACUUUGGUGUGCAACGUGGAGGCAUCACCGAAGGCCAUUAACUAUUGGCAACGAGAAAAUGGUGAAAUGAUUAUCGCCGGUGAUCGUUAUGUGCUCACCGAAAAGGAGAACAAUAUGUAUGCGAUUGAGAUGAUUUUGCAUAUAAAACGUUUGCAAACUAGUGACUUUGGUGGCUACAAAUGUAUUUCGAAGAACAGUAUUGGCGACACGGAGGGUACAAUACGAUUAUAUGAAAUGGAAAGGCCCGGCAAGAAAAAUCAAAGAGAAGAUGACAACGAAGUCACGAAAAACGAUAUAGCACUCAAAGACAAUCGCCACGAAGAUGGUUCACGCAAUCAAAAUGGGCGACUCUACAAAGAGCGAGGCAGCGAUGCGGAGCUGCAGAAUGGCUGCGAAACGCUGAGUAUACGUUGGAGUACAAUGUAUUUAUUGGCGUUAACGCUGCUGGUGACGCUUGCAACGACUGCAACAAAGACAACAAUAAUAACAGCAACAACUCCAACAGCGCUGAAAAGUCGAAGUGCAGGUAAUUUAUAGUUUUCAAACACAAAAAUACACAAAACAAAUACAUACGUACGCAACAUACAAAAACCAAUGCGAAGCAAGGAAAUAAUGUACACACAUAAUAACAAUACAUACAUACAAA